UAAAGAAACAUUGGUUGCAUACCUUCAGGUAAGUGGUACAAUUGCUGAGAUUUAGAUUUCCUCUUUGCAAAUUAUUUUCUGGAUAAUUAUUUUCCCAGUAAAUUUCCUCUUCCCACAUUAUUUCAUCAAGCAUUUUGAUAGCACUAUUUGUACCAUUUAUUUGUUUCUGGCACAAUAAUUAACACGCACCAUAAACAACUUUGAGGGAAGAUUUUAAUGUGCUUUAAUUUUUUCUUGUUUGGUAUGACAGGAAGGUUUUAAGUUUACCAAUGAACCCUAUGCUAUCGAAUCUAUCCUCAAUUUGAUGCACGACCGGUAUAAGAGCUAUCGCCAUGACCUACGACAACGCUUUAGAAGGUUCCCUACAAUGGAAUCUGCCCUUGCGGAUCCACCCGAAAACAUGGAAAAAGAGACGUGGAAGUUUUUGUGCGAAAAGUGGUCUGACAAGGACUAUAAGGUGAGAUGUGGCAAGAAUAAGUUAAAUCGGGAGAAGUUGAAAGUCCUCCACACUGCUGGCUCAAAGGCCUUCAGAAAAGUGCAAUAUGAUGAGCGAGACCGUGCCACUGGAGAGGAACUUGGACUUGUUGAGUUGUACAAAAAGACGCAUUUUAGUGAGAAAAAAGAGGCAUGGGUGCAUGCUGAUGCUGAGAUUAGACAUUACAAGCUUGAAAAGCGGCAAGAGAAAGCUAUUGAAGAAGGAUCUUGCCCGAUAUCUGAUGAGCAACUUUCUAUUGAGGUAUUUGGACAAAAAGUUGGCUACAUACGCGGCUUAGGGCGUGGUCGAAAACUAACUACAACAUUAUCUGGAAAACUUACCCGUGCCCAACUCGAGAGGGAUAAUGAGGCUGCUACAAGGGAGGCUGAAGAGCAACGAAGAAUCAAUAAGGAGCUAGUGGGAAGAAUUCAAAUCUUGGAGUCUGAUCGCACGGAAUACAAUGCCAAAGUCGACUUCUUGAUGCAGCAGAUCAGUCGAAGAGUACCCUCUACUGAUUCUUCUUCUUAGUCCUGCAGGCUUGCGUCGAUUUAAAGCUUGGGAGCUCUCUGCUAGAUUUUGAAUGCCAUUUUAACGAAACCAUUGAGAAGAAGAUGUGAUGAGUUGAGUUGAGUUGAGUUGUUUUGUUAUGUAGGUAGAUAUAAUUCUAAUAACAAUCUGUUCAUCGAACAGUUGAAUGCUAUAAACAAUGCUUAUAACACUAGCCUUAUAAAUUGGAAAUGAUACUUUUGAAAUCUCUGUCAUAUAUACAAUCAAGAUAUUACGUACUAAUGAAUUAGAGCAUGGUAUUUGUUUGUUAUUGAAUGCGAUGAGCAUUUUUUUUUU